AUAGAUUUUUAAUGGGUUUCUUCGAUUGGCUGAAGUUGUCACAUGAAUAUUUCCUCGCCAUUUUAAUAACAUUUACCACAACAGACAGCAGAAUUUCUUAUAUUUUAAGCUUUUUAAAUGACUUUAAAUGGAUGAAACUCGACCUACUAACAGAUCUAAGCGACAGAAGCCCCCUGAAGAUGGAUUUUGGGAGUGUAGUGUAUGUACUUACAGAAAUUCCCCAGAAGCUUAUAAAUGUGAUAUGUGUGACAUUCGUAAAGGAACUUCUACAAGAAAACCUCGUUUGAAUUCACAACUUGUGGCCCAGCAAGCAGCCCAGCAGUUUGUUCCAGUAGCUGCUCCACCCUGUAAGAGAGAAAGAAGUUCUACAGGACUAGAGUUCAACAGUGAUUUUGAAUUCAGUGACAAUAGUAAUCAAGGAUUAAACUCUCAUUUUUUUGAAGAUCCAAUAAGUAAUGACAACAGUUUAGAUCACUCUCUUGAUAUACCUGAAGUACAACUGCCUGAAAGUCUCAAGCAAGAAAAACAACUCCCUGAAAUUGUCAAACGGGAGAAGGAAAAACAACUGCAUGAAAAUGUCAAACGGGAGAAGGAAAAACAAAUACCUGAAAAAGUCAAAAGGGAAAAGGAAAAACAACUUCCUGAUAACAUAAAACAAGAGAAGGAAAAGCAGCUUCCAGAAAUUUUAAAACAGGGAAAACCUGAAAAACAAAUUCUGCCAGAAAAUAUCAAACAUGAAAAAAAAGAAAAACCUGAAAAACACAAUCUUAAACAUGAAAAGCAUGCUAAGCCAGAGAAAAAGCCAAAGAAAGUUAACAGAAUACCAAAGGUAAAGAAGGCAGAUAAACAAGAAAGAUCUGAAGAGAAAAUCUCUGUUACAGUGAAUAAUGUUACAGUAAUAAUUACAGACUAUGUACCUAAAAAAGUGAAGAAAAGGACUUCCAUAGAAACAAAUCAUGUGGAUAAUAGUGACAAUUCUUCCACCUCAGGCGGAAGUCACUGUCAUACAGAGGAUCUUGUAACAGAAAAUCAUCAAUGAUCAUAAUUGUUUAUUUUGAUUGUAUUAUAUAUUGCCAUAAAAUUAAUGAUCAGUGUCUAAAAUUUA